AUGCUUGGAAUUCUGACCAGCACCAUCCUUUCUACUAAUACAGGUCAAACUAGACGAAUCAAUAUCCUUAUUUCCUGGUUUGCUGUAACACAUGCCUCUAUAUUUAGUUUUUUUGCAGGUAGCCAAAAAAUUUUAAGUUAGCCCUGUGUGGUCCAAACGUGCCCGCUUCGCUUGAAGCUUGCAAAUUGCGACAGGGACCGGGCACCGAGGUCGAAGAAAUUUAUUUGAGUUAUGUUUCAUAUUAUCAACAUUGAGUGUCCGCUAAUUUGCUCAAACCCAAUUGCUCGAACAUUUUCAUAUAUCAAGCCGACAAGAUUGUCGGCUGAUGAAUAAAAUUCAGCCACAGAACAGAAAAGUUUUUGAUAGCAUCAUUUGAUGAAUUUACGUCUUGAGAAUGAAUCUUAUUAAUUAAAUUAAAUAUGGUCGGUAAAUAUUGCAAAAUAUAAGCGGAAAAAUUGAAAUUUUCAAAUUAAUUUAAUUUAAAUUAAGCAUGCAUAAGACCUUUUGACCAAUGAUUGCAGAUAGCUUCAGGCACUUGCAGGUAGCGCCGCUACCUAGGAUCCCAACUUCUGACAGACAUGCUGUAACAUUUGCACUGAUUUCGACUAUUGCAGCUGUUGUUUUAUUGCUAAUGUUCUCAUUUGGCAAGGCUGAAUCACAUUUUUCUUCAUCUGUCGUUGUUGUCGAUGUUGUAAUGUUGCUGUGUCUGUGUCCGAUGUUCUUGAUGUUUCGGAAUUAUUUUUUUCCUUGUUGUUGUUGUUGUUGUUGUUGUUGUUGUUGUUGUUGUUGUUGUUGUUGUUGUUGUUGUUGUUGUUGUUGUUGUUGUUGUUGUUGUUGUUGUUGUUGUUGUUGUUGUUGUUGUUGUUGUUGUUGUUGUUGUUGUCAACAACUUCUGCAUUCUUAUAUUUUUUAUUGAAGUAUCUAUUCAUCUUUGUUUGUUCCAUAUGGGAUUUGCGCUUUUGAUUUCUAUUUGUGCCCUGAUUAAAACUCAUUUUGGUUAAAGUAGAAUAAUAAGUUGUUUUGUCUUUUUAAGUCUUUGCAUUUCUUUGCAUUGCCAUUAGCCAAGCUUGCUGUGUUUCCACACUCAAAUAGAUAUUUCAUUUUAUUUCACUUUUUCAAAGCCACUGAUCUCUAUAGAUAAUAUAUGCCACUGAUACGUGUCACAAGGGCCUGCAGGCCAGCAAAAGAAUUCCAAUAAUUCAAAAGUUUCAAAGUAAAUCAUCAAAAAUGCCCCCCCCCCCCGAAUUUUGCUAUUUUCAGAUUUGGGGUGAAUUCCCCCAUAUUCCCCCCUGCAAAAUACCUCGGAAUGAAACUAGCGGAGAAAAACUUAAAAGCUACAAGAAUACACAAAAAACUAAAAUAGAAAAAACCUAUACGAAAGCUAAACAAAUUUCAUUAUGAAAGUGAUUCAAAUAAAAACUAGCUGUUUGACAUAUCUUUGGCGAAACACGAAAAAUGUAAUAAUGAUAAUAUUAGCAAAUGAAAACAAUUUAAAAUAGCUCGACGAAGUACCUCAGGCUCUACGGCAUUCGUGCCAAAUCCGGCUUGUAAGAUGCAGCAAGACGACAGCAAAUUCGUCUUUUUAUCACAUGCAGUGAUAUAUUUUUGCCAUUUUCUAAAAUUUAUGUUUUUGUUCCUUCGUCCGCCUGAAAAUUGAAGCUUGUUGCCAAGCAAAGAGUAAAAGCAUUCCUGUGUCGUCACUGAUUACAUGUUAGGAGAAUUUCAAAAUCGGUCUUUCAAAUGAAAUUGCUUACUGGGUAAUAUCUUCUUAUAUUAUAAAAGAAAUAGAAAAACUCGUCUCGUGCAUUUAUAGUGUGAAAAUGCACUCGGGAAAUGUUGGGAGAAUACUCGAAAUGCGUCUAAAACACUCGGCUACGCUUCUCACUUGCGGCACUCGCUGGAAGCAAAACAAAGUCUGUCGAAGUAGUUUGAAAUUGAAAUAUUGGCUUGAUUUAAGUUCCCACCCAUCCUGCUUUUUCUGUACUGAGGUCUAUUGGUCUAUAUUCAAGAAAUAGGAAACGAGUUGCGUGCGUUUAUUGUGUAAAAUGCACGAAGGGAAUAUUGGUACAAUACGGUAAUAUAUAAGUUAAUCACUGGAAAAAAACUGAAAAUCCAUAGAAGGUCAUAGAAUGGAAAUUGUAUGGAUAUACUAUGGAUUUAGUGGUGCAAUUGCAAAUUUCAUACUAUGGAUUUCACAUUUCUUCCCAGUGAAUGCUGCAUUGUUGAAGCCAUAUUUGAACGUGAUAUGUGAAUUAUUUAGUAAGGAAAUAGAAUAUAUUCCAUGUUUUCUUUCAUUUUUUUCUAGUGUACAUGUAACAUGUAAGCGAUGUGGUGGAGCUUAUGGCGGGAAAAUAAUUCGUGCUUCAGCCAACUCAACAGCAUGUGCUGUGGCUGCCUACGUCACGAACAGGUAACUUUCAAGAGAUGACCUUUUUCAUCUGUUUUUGACUAUUUCUUCUCGAGUUUAAAUGUUCAUGUGUUGUUGAUGCUUCCUUUCCCCAGCAGGAUAUAAACUUCACGAACCUGAAAUGUCUUUCUUUAAUUUGUCUUUUAACCAAUAAUAUUAAUUGCAAGAAAAACUGCUUGUUCGAAACUUGAACUCGAAGUUCCGCACCAUAACCAGUCCUAUGGUGACGCGUAGCAUGACCACUUUCCAUGUUUAGCUGGGCAUGCUGCUCUUGAAAACUUGUGCGUUUUGGAAGCCUCGGCAGAGCGUUUUCUGUAUUUCCUGACAGGAAUUUUAAUGAAAGUUGUGAAGUUUUUGCAUUCAAAAAUUCAUGCAAGAUUUCACACUUGAUACCUUUUUUUACAACUUCAUCCCCAGUUUUGAAACAACGGUCACCCUGUGUACAAUUACAAUCAUGAAUGAAUUGCUUUUGUUCCUGUUGAUAUAUACACAAUGUCAAUGUAACGAGAAUCUGUACAGAUGAGAUUAUUGUAACUCCCUGUGGAAGAAAGAAGUGAAGUAUUCAAGUUUGCAAUGAAUUAAGUUAUCCUGGAUGAGGAUAUUACUGAAGGUUAUUACUGACCAAAGCUACCGACGGUUUUGAAUGAACACAUAUUAUCAGACAUGUUUUCACUCUGUAUUUCAGGCCAGUACGACUUCGAAUGAACUUCAAAACCAACAUGGAAAUGGUUGGAAAAAGAUUUCCUUAUCUGGCGAAGUACAAGGUAUAGUCCUAAACGAACACCGCUGUCCGCGUAUUGACUUCUUGCACUGGAGUGACUGGAAAUACUAUAUAUUGUCUUCAGGAGAGUAUAAACUUAGUAUAACUUCGUCUUUACCCUAUUUAUUAGCAUGAAUUUUCUUAAUUUUUUUUCUGGGCUCAAUGGACGUACCUAUUUCCUGAUGAACAAAAUUUUGAUAUCAACAAGUCCAGACAUAAUUUCACCACAGCUUCAAAGAGCAUCACAAAAUUAGUAAUAUUCCGAAGUUUGGUUGCGAAAUGUUGUAAAAUGCGGAUAAUAUAGCCCUGCGAAGUUUGCCGUUUUUCAGUCAUUUUGUAUUACGCACUGGAAAUUGAUACCGCUUUCUGAAAAAAGGUUGUAUUGUUUGUAUCAUCUUUUUAUUUCCUGACUGAUGAUUAUUGAUUUCCUGACUGAUGAUUAAGUUUUCUAGGGAGGAGGAGGGGGCAAUUUUCACUGUUUAAGCUACCGAAUUUUGAAAAUUGAAAAAGAAAAUCGCACUAGAAAUCGCAGCAAAAAUUGCAAGUGUAAACGCGUCUUUAUAAUUAUAUCUGUCGCAGAUACAUGUACGCUUAGCGUACCUAUUUUUUAUACAUGUUGCAAAUUUUUUCGCUAAGUAAAAUUUGUGGCUGCCUGUUAAAAACAACAUUUCCCAAUCAAGUUAUUCUUGGUGGUUUUUGUGUUCUUGUGUUUACUUGAAAAGUUUUUCCUUGUACCCGCAGAGAUUUCACGGGCGUUGUGAAAAUCCGGAAUACCGGAAUAUCACGGAAUAUGCCUGAAUUUCGCGGUUUAUGCCGGAAUAUGGCGGAAUUUCGCGGAAUACGCUGGAAGUGGAAUAUCACGACAUUUUCUGGAAUUAACCUGAAUUGUCCGCAAUUCAGUAAAUACUAAGUAAUCUUGCAUUUAUAAUACUCGCCAAAACCGUUAUCUUUAUACUAUAUAAUUAAAAAAUUGCUCAUACUAAUCAUCAGCCAGCUGUGUAAAUGGCACGUUUUUAUCAAGAAUUAUAGACCAUGUCAUUUGAUGCGCGGUUGAAACUCCGAACGGAUUGUUGUUCUCUCUAGACCGGCAGCACCAUGGCAGCGCAUCGACUGAUUUUAAUAUGGCGGUGUCAGAGGAGUCGCAGUACGAUGUCAUGUAUAGAACGGGUCGAUCAAAGUCAAAGAUGCAGUCAAUUUUAACCUUGUUUUUGUGCUUAUAUUAUUUAACAAAGAAACAGAGUGAUAUACAGGAUAUAAAAAAGCGCCUGUGGUCAUGAUAGUUUUGAUAUAAAUUAGCUUACACAUUUUAUUAAAAAUAACUCAAUAGUUACAAUACCGUAUACUAAUAACUCAAUACCUAGGGUUGUAUAAGUAUAAACGAUAAUAGGGUCGUAUAAGCAUAAACAACUCGCAUCUUAUAUUGCCAUAUUGUUGUAACUGUAAAAUAGAAAUUUUAAUGUCAUGAUCACAUGCUCUGACGGUACCCGGACAUUUUGCCGAAAGACAUUUUGCCGAAAGACAUUUUGCCGACGGACGUUUUGCCGAACGGACAUUUUGCCGAACGGGCAUUUUGCCGAACGGACAGUUUGCCGAACGGACAGUUUGCCGAACGGACAGUUUGCCGAACGGACAAUUAAUUUUUCAAGGACAUAUGCUCGGAACUGGUUAGUUCCCUGACCUCAGAAUGACAUUUCGUCAAAACUUUUUUCUUCAAGAUUGGUUUAGAAACAAACUUGGAGUAGGGUUAGGUUAGGGUUAGGAUUAUGGUUUGGGUUAGAGUUGGUGUUUGGAAUAGGGUUAGUGUGAGUAAAACCGUUACUGCAUGUGUUACGUUUUGUCACUUUGAGGUCAGCGAAAUAACUUCUUCCCAUAUGCUCAGGGUAUGCACAAAUUAUGGAUGUUGACGCCAUUUCGUGUGGCCACCCAAGAAAGAGGAAGAUCGGUGGUAUGGGAACAGAAUGCCAAAUGUUUCUGAAGCACCUUGCUGAUAAGCUUUCACGAAGGGACGGGGAACCUUACCACGCAGUCAUUUCAUGGCUUAGAACACGCUUAUCUUUUGAGAUUUUAAGAUCGGUGAACAUCUGUGUCAGGGGAUCUAGAAGGCCCUUUAAGAACGCAAAUGACUUCAUAGAUGAUUUUAAUGUAAAUGCUAAUGCAGCAGAAAUUUUUUAGAUACUUUUAUAAUGGACUAUUUAUAUGGAUAAUUCUCUUUUUUAACUAUACAACUAGUGUGAAUAUAAUAUAUGUUUGUAAUACUUGCAUAGGUAAGUUUAGAAUUAUGUUUCAGUGUAUAUUAUGAUAAUUAUUCCACUUGUGAUAUUAUAUUUAUAUAGAUUUUUAAAUAAAUUAACGGAGUUAUAUAAAUAAGAUCAACAGAUGUUGGUAAAAUGUAGAUGUUGGAAUGCUGUUUGUUACAAUGGAAACGUUAAAUGCCUUAAAUAUCAACUUGCUAUUAAGUACCAUAUUCGUACAUAGUUUCGCGGAUUUUAAGCAUGCGCGAAUUAAAUAUCGUAGUCAAAAAUCAUAAACUUCUUGAUAGAAGAAGGUUGCUUCCUCCAGAAGAUCCGUUUGAGGAUCUCGAUGUAUCUCACGAGUAAAGGCUGUGGAAGGUAGUUGACUUGUAGUCGAAGUCGUAGUGUAGUUUUUUUAUUUAAAGAAAAUUUAAUGUUGUUGAGAAUGCUUUCGCAAAAUUUAAUGCCCUUGUUUUAAAUUCGGCCACCAAAAUGCUGAAAAUAAAGUCUCGAGAAAUAAUGCCUCAAAAAAAUCGCGAAAUUACAGUCGCGCGAAAUUCCGUGAUAUUCCGCGAAAUUCCGUAAUAUUCCGUAAUAAAACGGCAUAUUCCGUAAUAUUCCGUGAUAUUCCGUGAUAUUCCGGCACUCCAGGUUUUCACAAAGCCCGAGAUUUCACCAUGCUUCCUUGUUCUCUUAAAAACCCUUGGAAACCCUCACCUCUGAUUUCGAAACCUCUCAAUUAACUGAUAUAUGAUAAUUAUUUGUAUUUAAUUUUGCCUCGACUUUUGUACGUUAAUAACACAAUGAAUUGCCUAAAGCCAGUUUUCCACUUAAAUUUCAAAAUUUAGUGAAUGUUGAUUGGUUAAUACUUUCGUAGUACGCCAAAAAGUUGACGUGCGACGAACUUUUCAUUUUGAUACGUGAAUACACCCAGAAGUACGUGGAUUUAUCAACCUCUUUUCAGUCUACGCAUGCUCACCACUCACCAGUACGUUUCGGUACGGUACGGUACUGUACGGUUGAAGUGGAAAACUGGCUUACAGUCCAGUCCGGCCAUUAGAAGAUAAUGAGCUUGUAAUUACCACGCAUGAGCGAUUAAAAGUUAGCGUAGCUGUCGUUCACCCUAAUUCAUUGAAUUUUUUAUAGGUUGGUGUUACUAGCGAAGGAUUAUUGAAAGCCGUUGAUCUCACGUAUUACACUGCUUGUGGGAAUGCGACUAAUGAAU